UAAAUGGAGUUGGAAAGAGAGAGAAAUAAUAAAAUAUUAGAGGACCCUUAUCAAAUAAGAAAUUGUUGCGAUUAUAAUGAAACGGACGUAGAAAACGAAACUAAGGGACUACAUAACUAACCUUCCUUUGGAAUCCCUCGUAAAAUUGACGUCUUCUAUUUCUGUAGUAUUUCUUCACAAAACAUACCGCGCUGUGCAAACGAACUAACCCAGAUUCAAGUAAAAUAUUCGCAAAACAUACUGCACGACUGAGUCAUUAUCAUUCCACCAAAUCAAAACAACUUCAAUCCUCCAUUAAACAAACAAAGAAAAUUCAACUCACUCAUUCAAAUUUAAUCAAACACCAUGUUCAAAAAUUCCAUUUCCAUAAUCAUUUGGUGGGAAUCUAAACAACCCCAUCAAAUUUUUUUCAUCUCUCUUUUCGUGGGGUUCAAGAGAGGGAAGAAAUUAUGGCACCCCUUUUUGAGUAUUUUGUAGUUUGUGGAAUUGGCCCAGAAAUUCGUACUUUAGAUGGAAGUAAUGGUUAUUAUGGCAUGAAUUAUGUGUAUGAACCUUCUCUUAUUGAUCAGUACCCUCGUUCUGAUCACUCUCUUUAUGCUCCUUUACCUCCUGAGCUUCCUAUGUGUGUUAUGCCGGCAGGGGUUGAGUUCUAUAAAUCAGGCUUGGAUGCUAAUGAUCCCCCUAGUUAUCCUCGGAGCUAUCCCAUUGUUUUGACUGGUAAAGUUGUUAAUGCAGCUAGGAAUAAAAAGAACAUUAUCUCUUUUGAGUACUUCUCAACAGUUGGUACUAAACCAUGGGGAAAGGACCAUGACCUUCAACUAAGGCUUAUAUUCCUGAAGUUCUUUGCUAGGAUUUUAUUGGGAUACCGCAAUUUCAUUGUAAAUAGCACGGAAUGUACCUUUGAUGCUCAAGCAUUUACAAUGCAUUGGUGUCGUUCAAAUAAUCAAGAGCCAGAUCCUAUGGUAGCUGAAUUUCUACUCUCUCAAGGGUUUUCUAACCACAUAGAAAAAGUUUUGUCAUCUGGUGAAAGCAAUGACAACGUCCUUGAUAAGUUGAUAGAUGCAAUUGGGAGAGGUGAAAGUCUUAUGUCUCUCUAUCCAUCAUCUCAUUCAGACUUAAUUAUUAUAACCAUACCAGAUCCUAUAGACGGAGUUAUAGGUGGUGCUAAAUACACAUAUUCUAAAUUUCCUGCUAACAUUAGAGGAGAAGGGGAAGACGAAAAGAGGAAGCAGAUCCUAAAAGACAUUAAAGACAAAGAUGAUGAGGAGAAAGGAUUGAUCUUGGACAUAAAAGUAAAGCUGCAGGGAUUGUGGAUUUCUCUUCUGGAUCUUGGAGAUGCAGAUGUCAUUCUUUCAUCUGAUGAAUAUGAGACAAUUCUUGCUUUACUUGAGACGGAUGCCAAAGGAAUUGUUGGUAGAACCUUGAUUGAAUGUAUAAGAGAUCACAUGAGUGCUGGAUGGAAUGGUCAGUUGUCCGAAGAACAGUUUGUUGCUGUGAAAGAAAUGGUUAAAGAACUUAUUACAUGUGCAACCUACCAAAACGACAUGCCAACUUUGAGAGAGGCGCUUGAAGUUUCAGCGGAGAUGUAUAGGAAGGAUUUCAAUAACGUUUCAGACUACGUCCAACGUCAUCUCAUUUCUUUAUCCAUCUGGGAGGAUACAGGGUUUUGGGAAGCAUUCUUUGAAAGUCUGAUGGAGCAAUCUUUAAGCAAGUCUUCCAGUAAUGAGAGCGUCAUUAUGUCACAACUGAUCUUGAUAGCAUCACAUAUGGGUGGCUUGGGUAUGGCUGAUAUAGAUGCGUGGCCAAUUAUACAAAGUAUAGCGCAGAAAAAUGUCGGUUAUGACCAUUAUAUACAACUUAGAGGGUACCUUUCAUAUAUUCAUCAACUACAAAUGGUUUACUGGGGUAUAUCGGAUUUAAAGGCUCAAUCAUUGUCUUCUUCGGGUUUGCAAUCCCCUCAUUUUCGAGAUGCUACAGUAGACAAUCAACCUUCCAAGGCAUCUACUAUCGCAAAAAAUUGGGUCAGGAGCAUGUUUGGGAGGGAAUCAGUGCUAAAAGUAAACUCUUUCAGCCAUGCUCGUGGCUGGACAUUUGAAACUGAAACAGCAGCUGUAACUGAGAUUGGUACACCCCGCAAACAAAAUUUUCCAAACUCGGGACUAAGGAGAAGUCAAACAAAUGUGCGAGUUCUUAAAGGCCAUCAUAAAGCGAUUACUGCUUUACAUUGUGUCACAAGAAGAGAGGUUUGGGAUCUGACUGGUGAUCGUGAAGAUACAGGCUUCUUUAUAAGUGGAAGUACUGACUGCUCAGUUAAGAUAUGGGAUCCUAGUCAUCAUGGUUCUGAACUUCGCGCAACGUUGAGAGGUCAUACAGGUGCUGUCCGUGCAAUAAGUUCCGAUCGAGAAAAGGUGGUAUCAGGGUCUGAUGAUCUGUCUAUUGUGAUCUGGGAUAAACAUGAAUUUAUCCCUCUUGAAGAGCUUAAGGGGCAUGAGGCACAGAUUAGUAGUGUGCGCAUGCUCUCAGGAGACCGUGUCCUUAGUUCUGCCCAUGACGGAACUGUCACAAUGUGGGAUGCCAGAAAUGGUAGUUGCAUAGCUACAGUUGCCCGUUGCCCAGGUUCUGUUCUUUGCAUGGAAUAUAAUGAUGCUACUGGAAUCUUGGCUGCUGCUGGUAGAGAUAAAACUGUGCACAUAUGGGACAUCCGUGCUGGUAAGCAAGUCCACAAACUAUCUGGCCACUUGAAAUGGAUCCGUAGCAUCAGGAUGGUGGGAGACUCUGUGAUUACUGGAAGUGAUGACUGGACUGCUAGAAUUUGGUCAAUUUCAAGAGGUUCUUGCGAUGCAAUUUUGGCAAGUCAUGGGGGGCCAGUUCUGUGCGUUGAGUAUUCAGCUUUGGAUGGAGGAAUUAUAACAGGAUCUGAUGAUGGCUCAGUUAGAUUCUGGGAAAAUUCUGCGUACAACAUCGAAUGUACUAAAAAUAUAAAUCUUCAUAGUUCUAUAUUGUCUAUUAAUGCUCAAGAGCAAUGGUUGGGGAUUGGGGCUGCAGAUAAUUCUAUGCUGCUGUAUCAUCAGUCUCAGGAUAGAUCAGGUGGGUGGCAGCUGUACAGGACUCCACAUUUUUCAGCUUCCGUGGUUAGAUGUGUUGCUUCAGACCUUGACCGGAAGACAAUCUGUAGUGGAGGUCGUGAUGGUCGACUCAGGCUAUGGGAUGCUACCAUCAAUAUCUAACAGUACACUGAUUUUUGAAUUUUGCUAGUUCGGCUACAUUUGUGGUUUUGGUGGAAGUAAAAAUCAGUUUUCAGAGGAAAACUAGCGAUUGCAAGAAAGGUUUUUAUGGUUUGGCGACUAACACUCCCUCCCUAAAACCUAUGCGUGAAGAACAUGAUGAUCUUGUAACUCUUACAAAGGAUUGUACGCUUUGUUUUCGGGUAUGGGAGUUAGCGAGUUACAUUAACGUCCCAUCAUUUGGUAUUGUUGAAAAUCUAUGCAGUGUUAGUUGCGCAGAGCCAAAGUGAAUACUAUGCAAACUUAUCCUUUCAUCUUCUUGUGAUGAACUGGUUUCGAUUGUCCGUACUACACGACCUGCUGUUAAGUUUAAAAAUUGAAGAUUUGCUUAUUACACACUUGUAUAUUUGAGACAUGAUAAAACUUAUGUAAUUAUUCAUAUUCAAAAAGUAAUUUAUGUAUAUGAUCAAAAUUCAAUCGUCUUUAAAAUGGCUACCAAGAUGGCUAUCACUAUGUUCAAUUUU